CCGGCGCCGCGGUCGUCGUUGUGCGUCGUUACGAAAUCACCCUCUUCGAGGACAAUAUUCUUCUUCCCCGUCAUGAUGCUCCCCGGUCUCGACUGAGAGCGAGCGAGAAACAAAGAGAGAGGGCGAGCGAACGAGAAGAACUCCUCUUUUUUCAAUCCUUUUCUCCUUCGUCACCAAUAAAUCAAGCAACGUUGUCUCCGUCGUCGUCGUCGUCGUUGUCGUCGCCGCCGUCGCCGUCGCCGACGUCAGCAACGACGUUGCUUCUCCUGGACGACCAGCCGAGAUGUCAACCGCGAGCUACUCGAGUAAUUCAACUUCCGUUGCCAAGAUGAACUUACGCAGGAUCCUGCCGUGGAUGUGGUGCUUCCUAAUUACAAGCGAAUGUUACAAUUACAACGCAAAAAAAAGAGGUGAAGAUGGCUCGAAGUUGAUACGCAUCGACGGCGACAUCAUCCUCGGCGGGAUCUUUCCGAUGCACGAACAGGUCUCAAGCUCAGUCGGUCAAUCGCCGUGCGGGGCCGUGAAAGAAGAGAAGGGUAUGCAACGAUUAGAGGCCAUGUUGUACGUUCUGGACCAAAUUAACGCCGAUAUAGAACUUCUGCCGAACACAACGCUGGGUGCUCUCAUCCUCGAUUCUUGCAGCAGCGACACUUACGCUCUGGAUCAAAGUAUGGAAUUCGUCAGAUCGUACAUGAAUCAAGACAUAUCGGAGUACAAAUGUGAAAAUGGCAAAACGCCCACUUACGUUCCCCACAAGCCAGUAACUGGUGUGAUAGGCGCCGCAUUCAGCGUGGUUUCUAUUAUGGUUGCCAACAUCUUGCGGCUUUUUAAGAUACCGCAAAUAAGUUACGCCUCCACCAGCACGGAACUCUCGGACAAAGGCCGGUUCGAGUACUUCAGCAGGGUGGUGCCGCCGGAUAAUUUUCAGGCGCAGGCAAUCGUCGAGGUGAUCCAUCUGCUUGGAUGGAAAUAUGUUUCCACGGUUGCUGUAGAAGGCGAAUACGGUGAGAAGGGCAUCGCCAGUUUCAUUGCCCUCUCGUCGGAGUACAACAUCUGUGUCGCAGUCAGCGAGAAGAUCCUGAGAAACGCCAAGACUGAGGACUUUGAUAGAAUAAUUGAACGGCUGAGCUCGAAGCACAACGCCAGGGGAGUCAUAAUAUUCGUCGACGAGGAUAACAUAAGGAAGCUGCUUCAGGCAACAGUAAGGGCCAAUCGCACGGGCCAUUUCAUGUGGGUGGGUAGCGAUUCGUGGGGCGCUAAAGUUCACCCCGUCCGGGAUCAGGAGUUCGCGGCCGAAGGUGCCAUCACCAUCCUGCCAUAUAGAAACGCCCUCAAAGGUAAAAGACCCUCGUUACUACGCUUUUGCGAUCCUAUUAUAACCGACUUAAUUGGAAGAAUGUUUACUCUGAGUUUACCUUUGAUCAAGAAUGAGCAAUAA